AUGAAGGAAUUGUUUAAGGAGCGCCCGCUGCCAAUUCUCCCUCCCACUACUUGCUUCCGCCGUGUUGGCAGCAGCCGCCGCCAGCGAGCCGCCCUCUGCAUCCGCAAGCUCGAAUCUGAUAGUGUCACCCACGUUCCCGUCCUGCUCCGGCUGUGGAUCCAACAGCUGCGGCUAUACGAAGGCAGCACCGUCCCCGGCCAGUUCAACAACAACGCCGUCGCGCCCAUUGCCUUCACCCCACCCGGCGGCAUCGCCACGUCCAUCGACGUGCCCGCGCCGCGCAGGAGGGUCACCGUCUCCUUCUCGACGAGGUCAUCGAGGAACGCCUCUGGGUGCGCGGCGUUCUACCCGAACCUGACCGUCAAGGUCAGCGGUGGCGUCGCGGACCACAGCUUCGAGAUCAGCGAGAACACGAUUGCGUGGACGCAGAAGAGCUUCACGUUCAAGCCCAAGACGGAUGGCAUAUUUGUCAUUGCCGUCACGACGUCCCCACAGGCAAGUAUCGGGUGCGCGCCCACCAUAUACAACGUCCAAGCAUACCAGGACAGGGAGUGA